UCUAAGCAUUCCCCAGAUUGUCUUGAUGACAAGAGUAGAUGAAGCAUGUCCUCUAGUGGAGGAAGAUCUUCAAAGCCUUUAUAUCAGUUCCUACAUCAAGACGAAGGUUCAGGAGGUGAGCUCUCGGUUGGGUGUGCCGGUGUCUUGUGUGUUACCGGUGAAGAACUACAGUCAGGAGCUGGAGCUGGAGCUCAACUGUGACGUCCUGCUUCUCCUCAACUGUACAGAUGACUAUCUGGAUUAUGUUUGUCCUGUCGAGAACCCCUUCCUAUAAAUCACUGCUGGUGGAGAGUUUUCUUUUGAGGCUGUUAACACUUAAGGUUUUUAAUUUACUAAGUGUUAAUAAAUUAUUCGGUUACUGUCUUUUUCCCAGAGGCAUGUAUGAUGCUCAGUUGUAGAAUUUUCCUUUGCUCCUGUUUAUUAUUGCACCUUUAAAUCCUUUGUGGUUCAGUGUCAACUUCAGUGUUGUAAAAAAAAAAAAAUCUCCAAGAUGAAUGCUUUUAUAGAGACAUUUUUAUAAUGUUAAUAUAACCUUUACAAAAACACACCAAAGCAAACAUCAGUGCUAAUAAACAUGAACAUGAACUUGA